AGAGAUGUCUCAGCUGUCUGUCCUGCUGCGUCUCACAGGCCUGUCCUUCAUGAUCUGCUCCACGUUUGGAUCAGAAUCCAGCGUGCCGGACCCGGUGGCCUGUGGGACCCGCGGAGCCGACCUGGUGCAGGACGGCGUGGUGGUCCUGUGUCCUCCGGGCUGCGCGCGGACCAGCGUCUCGGUGUUCGGGACGGGGGUCUACGCCUCCGUCUCCUCCGUCUGCGGAGCCGCCAUCACAGGUAGGAGGAGGGGGGUCCUGGGUCCGUCAGGCGGCCCCGUCAAGGUCCACAAGACGCAGGGACGACACAACUACAUGAGCUCCUACGCCCACGGCGUCCAAUCACAGGCGCUGUCCCGCUGGAGCGCCUCCUUCAGCCUGACCAAGCCUGUUAACGUCCCCCUGGAGUUGACCAGUGAUACUACAGCUCUGCCUGCAGCCGCACAACCAGCAAAGAAACCUCUGAAGAAACCGUCGGUGAAGAAAGCUCUGACAGGCGGAAACAAAGACUGUCAGAUGGAUAUCGCCAUGGUGAUCGACAGCAGCAGCAACAUAGGACGGCGGAGGUUCAACCUGCAGAAGAACUUUGUCUCCAAGCUGGCGGCCAUGUUGAGGGUCGGCUCCACGGGGCCGCACCUGGGACUGGUCCAGGCCAGUGACUCUCCGAGGACCGAGUUCUCUCUCACCAACUACACCCAGACCAAAGAGCUGCGUCUGCCUCAGGGAGCUGGUCUACCUGGGGGGGGCACCAACACAGGGAAGGCCAUCAUGCACACGGCGGAGACCUUCUUCGGCCCGGAGAACGGCGGGAGGCGGGGGCACCCGCGGGUGAUGGUGGUGCUGAUCGACGGCUGGCCGUCCGACGACCUGGAGCCGGCGGCCAUGUUGGCCAGGGAGUCGGGCAUCAACGUGUUCCUGGUGUCGGUGGCCAGACCGGCGCCGGAGGAGCUCGCCAUGGUGCGGGACCAGGACUUCGUGAAGAAGGCGGUGUGUAAGGAUAACGGGUUCUUCAGUUAUCUGAUCACCAGCUGGUUCAGCACCACCAAGCACGUCAGACCUCUCACCCAGAAGCUCUGCUCGCUGGACGGCCUCUGCAGUAAGACGUGCUACAACUCGGUGAACAUCGGGUUCCUCAUCGACGGCUCCUCCAGCGUCGGCGAGGGGAACUUCCGCCUGGUCCUGGACUUCCUGGCGGGAAUCGCCCGGAGCUUCGACGUCUCCGACGUCGGCGCUCGCAUCGGUGCGGUCCAGUUCACCUACGAUCAGAAGCUGGAGUUCGGCCUGUUCGAACACUCCAGCAAAGAGGACUCGGUCAACGCCGUGAGGAGGAUCUCCUACAUGAGCGGAGGAACCGCUACGGGAGCCGCCAUCACCUACACCACCCAACACCUGUUCAGGCGGACGGGACCAGGACGUAACUUCCUGAUCGUGGUGACCGACGGCCAAUCAUACGACGACGUCAGAGCGCCGGCGCUGGCUGCUCAGACACAAGGCAUCACCAUGUACUCGGUGGGCGUGGCCUGGGCACCGCUUGAUGACCUCAGAGCGAUGUCAUCGGAGCCGAAGGACAGCCACACCUUCUUCACCCGAGAGUUCACCGGCCUCGCCGAGUUCAUCCCUCUGCUGGUCCGAGGCAUCUGCCGAGACUUCACAGAGAACAACUAACACACCACACACACACCAUACACACACACACACACACACAUACACAUACACUACCACACACACACACACACACACACACACACACACACACACACACACACACACACAGACACAACACACACACAGAGAGCAAUGAAAGGACUUCCCAAAUAUCCUCAAUCUGAAAGUAGAGGUAGAGGUCCCCACAAAGAUAGAAGACUACACACACACAUGCAUGCAAACACACACACACACACACACGCAUGCAAACACACACACACACACACAUACACACACACACACACACACACACACACACACAGACACACACACACACACUCACUGUAUAUACAGUCUAUAUUGUACACAUAUACCAACUAGUACUGUUACCCAUGUAUAUAAAUGAAAGGUACACAUAUACACCAUUUUGUUUUGUAUUUAAUGAAGAUGAUGCUAAGAAAUCACCAGGCAACCGAUCAUCAUCAUCAUCCUCCUCAUCUUCCUCAUCAUCAUCCUCACUAGAAACCCAUGUGUGUGAUUCUGUAAUCAGAGUAAUCAGAGUAAUUAAGAGGCCGGCUUGGUUGUUUUGCAGGAGGAGUAAGCCUCAAACUUUAAGAGAAGAUAUGAAAAAAUGAAUAAAAUCUGACUUCCUGUUUAUGUAAAUGAACCCUUCCGUGCAGAUUGGAUGUUAAAUGAUGAUUCUGUCCUUGUUCUGUAUUUAUUGCGUGUUUUCUUUGUCUCUUAAUAAAGAAGAGUUGUUUUUACA